UUCAUAUCAACCGUUCCCAUCUUAUUCCUCUCUCUACUCUCACUCCCCAAGCUGCCAUUUGCAAAAUGCUUCCAUCUCGAGCUCUAUAAUCAACCCUUUGUUUUUUUUGUUCUUCAAUUCGUAAUUUUGAAAUCCCUGUUUUUGUUGAAUUUAUUUGUUCAAAUCGUUCUGAUUUUGAAGCCCAGAAGCUUGUACGACACCAAUGGCGUUUGCGUCUGGUUCCGUGAUCCGCAAUGCAACCAAUCUCUCUAAUAACCUUCUUCGUUCCUUCUCCACUUCCAUCAAAACCGCUCAACAUAACAAUCACCUGCAGACCCAAGAAUACUUGGAGGCGAACAGCUUUAUUGGUAGCUGGCAGGCCCCGAAAAACCCCAAGGAAGCGCAGGCCAGACUUGCUCGGCUCCGAAGGGAGUAUGCCAAGCAGGUGAAACAGGUACGUAAGAAUUACAUCCAGGAGGUUGAACUCUUGAGGCUCGAAAGGGAGCAGAAGGACGAAGCCAAGAAAGAAGCGCUUAGGGUUGCCAAUGAGGAACGCAAGAAGCUUAAAGCUGAAGCUGCUAAAGUCCGAGCUGAAGAGCGUAAGGUUGCUGAUGAAGAGUUCCGACUGACUUUGGUGAAAGAAAGAGCUGAGAAGUUGGAGCAUUGGAGAAUGAUGGAAAAGAAGAGGGAAGAAAAAAAGAAAGAAAAGAAGGAGCUACUAAGACGGCAGAGUUCCAUGUGGGUUGAUGAAAAUAAAUUGGAAGAGAAGCUAUUAGAAGCCAUUGUUAAUACCAUCACUCUCUGAGCUUUCUUACUUUCCAGUGAUAAUUGCCCAACUUUCUCUUACGUUUCUUUGUUGGAAGCAAUUUUUAGUUACUGGAUUCUAGCUGAGAAGUUUCUGCAUAAUCCAAGUUUUUGACUCUUGCGAUGAAGCACUCGACAUCUUGUACACCCUUUUGUUACUGUUAUUAUUAUCGUUUGGGGGGAAAUCAGUUUCUACUCUUUGAUGUUGUUUCUGUUAUUAUUAUCAUUAGGGGGGAAAGUCAGUUUCUUCUACACUUUGAUGUUGUAGCAUUUAAAACUUCAAACUAAUAAUUCUAUAAUUCUAUCAAUUUAGAGCAUGUUAUCUUCAUUACAAA